GCUGGAGUGGGUUAUCCGUUACAUGCAUUAUUGAAAACUUUUAUGGGAGCUAAAAUGGAAGAGGAGGUCAAGAAAGUCGAAACCCAGCCUACUCCGGCGCCGGAGCCACCUUUGGCCUCCGCCCCCGCCCCAACCGACCAGAAGGCUUUGCUCCCACCACCACCCGGUGCUGCUGCUCAUGUUGAUGACUCCAAAGCUCUCGCCUUCGUUGAACCUGAAAAGGUUCCAGAGACCAUUGCUAAGAAGCCCUCAGCAUCGCAUGAUCGAGAUGUGACUCUUGCAAACCUUGAGAAGGAAAAGAGUAUGUCUUUUGUGAGGGCAUGGGAAGAGAGCGAAAAGGAUAAGGCAGAGAACAAGGCACAAAAGAAGCUCUCAACUGUUACUGCAUGGGAAAACACCAGGAAAGCAGCUAUUGAAGCCAAACUGAGAACCAUUGAGGAAAAACUGGAGAAGAAAAAGGCACAAUAUGCAGAAACAAUGAACAACCAAAUUGGUAUGGUUCACAAACAAGCAGAUGAAAAGAGGGCAAUGAUUCAAGCAGAGCGAGGGCAAGAACUUCUCAAGGCAGAGGAAACGGCUGCUAAAUACCGUGCAACUGGGGGCGUUCCAAAGAAGUUCCUUGGCUGUUUUUGAAGCAUUUGUUUGAGUCUGGUUUGAAAACAAUCAAUGUAGCUUCUGGUUUUUACUUGUGUAUAUCUUUUUUGCUGCUUGUUGUCUGUCAUUUUGUGUGAAAACCUGAAUGGAAAAGUAGCAAGUGUUCUUUAUAUCCAUCUCUGUAUAGGAAGUGUAUUCGAUUUCUGAAAUCAGUUUCCUAUUUUUAAUUUGAUUGUAUCUUUUUUAUUUUUUAUUUUUUCCAGUAAUGAGAUAGACAAUUCUACA